AUGGCGGACAGUGACGAUGAUGAAUUAAUGGCCUUGGCUGGAAUGGCCUCUGAUGAAAACAAUGAAGAUGAUGAGGAGUAUGAGCCAGAAGUUAAGACUUCUAGGAGAAGUACAAAACGGCAUAUUGAUGAGGAUGAGGAGAAUGACAUUGAAGAUGUGACGGAAGAGGCUGAUCCAUAUCCCUUGGAAGGAAAAUUCAAAGAUGACGACGAUAGAGAAAAGUUGAUGGCUAUGGAUGAGGUGACUAGAGAGCAGAUUCUUUAUGAUCGUAUGCAAGAGAAGGAAAAGAAGAGAGAGAGAAGAUAUUUAGCAUUGAGGGCACGUCAAAAUCAAGUGGACUCAUCUGCAAUGAGGGCUACGGGAUCGAAAAAUAAAAGACUGAGAACAAGUAAACUAUCUGAGUUGAAAAGACAGAGAGAGCGCAAAAGCAAGCAAAAGAAUCAGAAGUUUGAAGACGACGAACACAUCGAGGAUUUACUAGAGGAUGAAGAUGAGGACGAUAGAGACUUGGAUGAGCUUGCCGGAUAUGGUAAUGAUGGUGACGAGGACUAUUAUUCUGAUGAUUAUGAACCGAGCGCUGGAAGAAAGAAAGGUAAAAGUGCAUCUUCGUGGGGAGACUACGAGGAUAAAUAUCAGCAGGAAGCUACUUUAUCAGACUUUAACCAAAAAGUAAGAUCUUCACGCUCUUUGCUGGACAAAUAUAUGUACAGGGACGAGUUUGAUACGGUAAUUCCUGGGUCUUAUGUUCGUGUCAGCAUUGGUCCAUCCCCUAAAAGUGGAAGGCAACAAUAUCGUAUAGCAAAGGUGAAUGAGGUUAAACGAAACGGUAAUCCAUAUAAACUUUUUGGAAAGGAGUGUAAUACAUACCUUGAAGUUUCUCAAGGAAAUUCUUCGAGAGUCAUCAGCUUGGCAUAUGUUUCCAACUCACCGUUUACCCAAGAAGAGUUCGAAAUAUAUAAAAAGCGUUUGACUCACUCGGAUAUAGAUAUUCCAUCGGUUGGUGAGAUUGAAGAUAAAUUCGGUGACUUGCGGGCAAUGUCAACAAAAAAGCUGACAAACGAAGAUAUCAAUAAGAUGGUGGCCAAAAAGCAGAAUUUGAUCGGCUCCAUGGACUCUACUUCUCGUGUGAGGAGAUUGGCAGGAUUAAGAGAGGAGCUUCAGGCUGCAUUGGAGAAGGUUGAGUUGGAGAAGGUGAAGGAACUUACAAAACAGAUUGAACAGAUAACAAGACAGCAAGAAAAGAUAGAAGUGUCCAAUAAGAUGAGUCGUAUAAAUCAAAGAAACAAGAAAUCUAACGAGGUGCUUAUAAGAAGAGCCGAGCAGAGGAGGAUUGAGCUUGAAAAGGAGCGUGAAAAUCAGGUCGAGGAGGAUCCAAACGAUCCUUUCAGCAAGUUAGCACUAGAAGAUGUGAAUAAUCCGGAAGAAAGUUUUACAUCCACCGAAAAGAGUUUAGCUAUUUGCCAUUUCAAGACUGAGGGUAUCGAGUCCGUGAUAAAGACGAUACCAUUGGAUAUUGACUUGAAGUCGUGA